UUAACGGGGUGCGCUCGGGCACCCGUUUCCUUUGAACGGUUUUUUUCUGAAUGGUGUCUUUUGUCCGCGGUUACACAAAAGAGAGAAAAACGGUGAUGUGAGGUCCUUGGGCUGAAAGAAAAAAAGAAAAAACAGAUUUCAAGUCCUCGUGUCGCGUACCUGGGGCGUUAAACCAAGCUGUCAUCCUCCCUUCCUUAACCCUGGUUUAAAAGAUAAUAGCCCUUCGCCACGCACCGUUUUCCCCCGUACAGUUAGGGAGAGAUCCCACCCAACCUGAGUUUUCAAAAUGCUCGUUUUGUGCAAACGCUCGUUUUAAACGAGAGCGGCGAUAGUAUAAAGGAUCGCUUGCUGCAAGGCGACCACAGGGGGGGGCCUGGCGUGUCGUCACCGCAUCACGGUGCCCGCCAGCCCAGCUGGGUGGCGUUCCAGCUCGGAGACGGGCGAGGAGCAGCAGGCGAGCAGGCAGGCAGCGAUGUCGCUCUCUAACCAGUCCCCUGCGCCCCUUGCCGAAUACAGCCAGCUGUGCAAAACCCCCAACACCGACGGCUUUUCAGACGCAUUCGCCUGCAUGGGCACACCGAAGGAAUUCGGCGCCGCUGCGUUUGAGUGGCAGCGGACGGAAGGUAAGCUGAGCGAGAUCGGGCUUCACGUCCACCCGGCGGAGCCCCGUCAGGACGGCCUGGGGAAAAGCGCAGGCUUCACCGAUGAGGACAAGCUGUGUUUUUUCGAAGGGAAGCUGGAGAAGGACCUCAAAACCAUCUCGCAGGACAAAAGGGAAACCGAGGCACCGAGUAAGCCAUGCCAGCCAGCCUCAGGUCACCUUGAGAAGUGGAUGCCGGGGUCCGAGAAGAGCCAUUCCGGAGAGAGUCUGGGCAUCCUCAGUUUAGCCGGCUUGCAGACCGAGCCGGCUGGAUGCCUGAGGGAGUCUUCAAUCCUGGAACCUAAUAGAGGUAUCACCGAUCAGGAGAAGGCAGCUGGGUCAAAGUCGGGAGAGGUUGACGUCAAAGGCCGUCCGGAGACACCGAAAGACCUUCCGAGUCGCCCGAUGGAACCAGAGAUUCGGGCGUGGGCCCCCACUUUCAACCCGGUCUUGUCUGAAGCCACCGGGCCGAAGAAUGGAGCCCUUGCCCACAGCCCAGUGGAUCUCCUCAAGGACGGUUCGCUCCUAAGUGGUUUCGGCUCUGCGCCGAAGCUGGGGCCGCCAACGACCACGGUCGAGCUGGCUCAGGAUGAUGGGAAGGGCAGCAGCUUGGUCGGCACUCUCCCUGAGACAGAAGACGAGAGGUUUCUGGCUGAGCUGGAAGAGAAGCUGGACUCGGCCCCUGACAGCGGCUUUCUCAAUCGGGGGGGGCACCCAGCGGAAGGCGAUGCGUCGCGCCAUGUCGGAGUGCUCCCACUUGUCUGUCCCCCCCGCCCUCAACCUUGUGGACAAAUACCCCGAGCCGGUCACUGUUCCCGACCGGGAGUCCCCACCAAGCAUCUUUUCUCAGUGCGUCGCGCCUCGCAAACUAAGCGCACCAAUGAAAAGAUCGGCCACCGUCUCCGAAGAGCAGACCUCUGCCCACCAUCCCAGUCAGGUCAAUGCUGCCCCCCUCUGCCCCAUUUUGAAGGAGCCUCUUCUCCCCACGGAGGAGGAGAAGAAGAGGGACCAGCAGAACGGCGGUGCUGGUGGUGAUACAGUCAAGAGAGAACUGAGCAGCCCGGGCUCAUUCCAUCCUAAACUGGCGCUGAUUCCCGAGACGAGCGAUCAGAAAAAAGGAGAACAAGAAGUGGCAGCCGCCAAAGAAAGCCAUGCCCAACUUAGCGGGACCAUCCCUGCUGU